CCAUGGAGAACACUCAUGCGACCACGAUGAUAUCAUGGAAAUGUAAUAUCAAGGAGACAUGGGAAGAUGGGAUCGCCGGUCUCGGAAGAGGAAUAGCCAUUCUUGGGGGCAUGAAUCGUUUAUUAGGAAAGGACCAAAUAUUCUUGGGAGCCGAAUAGCCAUUCUUGAACCUUAUGCAUUUAUUGGGAAGGUGAGCACUAUAAAUGAAUCCAUGUCUCUUCCAAGUAAAGCAGUUGCUUCAACUUUCAAUCUAUGCGUUUCCUCUUCUAAUUCUCAAAAAGCCCUGCAACUUCCAAUUGAUGAAGAUGAAGGAUCGUAAUCUAAGUUGUGUUGAAGAGGAUAGAAUCAGUAACCUGCCAGAGCAUUUGAUUGGCUCAAUCUUAGAGCGUCUCACGGUUCAAGAUGCCGUAAGGACAAGUGUUCUAUCGAAAAGGUGGAGGUACAGAUGGACUACAAUGACGUCGUUGGUCCUUGACGAGCAAUUCGCCAAAAAAAUUGUAAAAUAUGUAGCUUUCGGUCUUAAUGGGUUUAUAAGGAUCGUAAACCAAAUCUUGAUCCUUCACCCACGUGCUAUAUCGAAAUUAUCUCUCUAUAUACCGAAUAUCUCUCUUGAUAGCUUCCAAGAAGUGCAUCAAUGGAUGUUAUUCCUAUCAAGAAGCAGUGUCAGGGAACUCGUCCUUUUUAAUGCAAAUUCCUUUUAUCCACUUCCAUCUCAUGUGUUUUCUUGCUCAGAAUUGAAGAAGUUGAAACUUGAGAACUGUAUCUUCAACACACCACUCGAGUUUGAGGGUUUUCCCAAUCUUAAAGAUCUUUUUCUCAAGAAUAUUGUCUUUGGGCCUAAUUGUUGUGUAACUAAGGUCAAUUUACCACGACUUAGAAAGUUGACCCUGAAUAAUUGCACACAACAUCAAUGCUCAACUUUACGGAAACCCAUAGAAAAUAUUCUACGAGUCGAAUACAUGAAUCUGGCCAGGUUGUUAAGUAUCUUGCCCAAUGUUCAACACUUUUUCAUCGAUGGUCAUUUUAUCAAGUUUCUGAGUGCAGACAAGAUGUCGAAUUGGCUUCUUCAUGCAGAUAAUAGUAUUGAGUUCUUGUGGUUUAAAGAUAUUCAACUUAGUGAUAUGGAUCAAGUUCAGAGUGUGCUUAGUUUGCUUCAGACCUCACCGAAUCUAGUAAGACUAGAUAUCAUUUAUUCUCCGAUGCCUCAGGGCAUGCAUUACAAUGUAGAACCGGCUUUAAAUCAUCUGGAAUCCCCUAACUGCUUGGGUCGGACAUUGAAACAGUUGGAAACCAUGAGCAUAAAAAGCUUAACAGGAUCAAGAACGCAAAUGCUUUUUAGAAAGCUCUUACUUGCUCAUUCCCCAUCUCACGAUAAGUUGACCAUCAUAGUGAGUAAAACUUCUGAUGCACUUCAACGGCUUAACAUUGCUAAGGAGAUUAUGCAGUUCCCUCGAGCCUCACGACAAGCAGAAAUCAUCUACUUGGAUCCCAGAUCGUGAACAUGUAGGAUG